AGAACCUAAGGGUUAGGGCCAAGCACUUUGAAACCCUGAAGCAGGAAAACCGUGUGGAUAAGUACAUGAAAAAGAGGGAGAAGAAACAGCGUUUCAAAGAGAUGAGAGAAAGUGGAGCGUUUUAAUGAGGUCAUAACUUAGAUGGCAGAGGAUGAGUGGGCACUUAUCCCAGACCAACACCAGCGGACAAUUGUGCAUCUCGACGUGGACUGCUUCUACGCCCAGGUGGAGAUGGUGCGUGACCCAAGCCUGCAAGACAAGCCCUUAGGGAUCAAACAGAAAAACCUGAUGGUGACGAGCAAUUACGUGGCACGCUCCAUGGGGGUGAAGAAGAGCAUGUGGAUCAAAGAUGCCGUGAAAAUUCUGCCCAGCCUAGUGUUCGUGGACGGUUCGGAUUUAACGCACUACCGGCAGUUUUCGACGGAGAUCUCUGCAGUUGCUCAGAGCUUCACGCCGAAUGUUGAAAGACUCGGGCUUGAUGAAAACUACGUCGAUAUCACAGACAUUGUGGGAGACUAUAUUUCUCCAGAGUAUAAUGCAGUUGAGGGGCAUGUAUUUGGGGACAAAGAGGAGGAUAAUAAGGUUCUGGGGGAUCCCUGUGGAUGUGGAUGCCUGCAGAGACUAACGGCAGGUAGCCACUUGGCCAAGAAAAUACGUCAGCAGAUCCUGGAGACGACAGGGAUAACCUGCUGUGCUGGGGUGGCCCACAAUAAGCUCCUGGCCAAGCUCAUUUCCGGGUACUAUAAGCCAAACCAGCAAACAGUGGUGUUCCCAUGGCAAGUGCAUGAUGUCAUGGAGUCCCUGAAACAGGCUAGAAGUAUUCCAGGGAUUGGAAGCACCACCUUCAAGAUUCUGGAGGACUUGAGCAUUUCAACAGUACAAGAUCUACAGAAUGCAAGUUUAAGUACAUUACACACUCGUUUUGAUGAAGAGACAAGUAAGAGAUUAAAGGAUCUAAGUUAUGGCAUAGAUGAGAGCCUUGUUAGAAAAAGUGGGAAACCACAGAGUAUUGGUUUAGAGGAUGCAUUUAAGAAGGUGAGCUCAAUUGCAGAGGUGCGUAUCAAAUAUCACACUCUACUAGGGAGACUCUUAAAACUCUUAGCAGAGGAUGGCCGUGUACCUGGAGCUCUCAAGGUAUCAGUUCGUAAAUUUGACAAAGAGCUAAGAUUCGGACACAGAGAAACUAAGCAAGUGCCACUUUUAGCAUCUCUGUUUUCCCCUGGAGUGAAAGAUAUCACAGAAAAAACUAAGUCAGAUUUGAUGAAUUUGAUAAUAACCUUAUUUCACAAAAUGGUCGAUGUAAGUAAACCCUUUCAUCUAACUCUUGUUGGUGUCGGAUUCACAAAGUUCAUAGAGAGGGCUAAAGAAGGAAAGGCAAUAAGCUCUUUCUUCUCAAAAACCUCUAAGGAGAAAAAGGAAAGCAUAAGAACGGUUGAACCUAAGCCCUUGAACGUAUCCCAGAAUUCAGAGGGUUCAUGUAAGUUAGACAGCAAACUUGUCAGAGAAGAACCAAGCCCUUUAGAUAUCAGACUCCAAGAAAAGGAUUCUUCAUCUGAAGAAGCAAGUGAUGCAGAGGACUUUCACCAGCCCAUAGAAGAUGUAUACAGUGAGAAGACAUAUCACCAUGCUCAGGAUCAGUCACACAACAACAGUGAAAAUAAAGCUGAUGAUGAAGCACAAGAAUCAGCUGAGAAAUAUCCCUCUGAGAUAGAUAGUUCUAAAUCAUUGCCAUCUCAAGUGUCAGAUUUACCCAGUGGGAUUGACAGAGAAGUAUUUGAAUCUCUUCCCCCAGACCUCCAAGCGGAAGUCUUGAGAUCUUACCAGGCAAGCUCAUUAACCAACAAUAGGGAGAACAAAACAGAAGGUAAAGGAGUGAAAAUCCCAACGAGUAAAAGCAAAAGCCCUGCCAAAUGUAAUGUGAAUAGAAAACGCAGCUUGGAUGUGUAUUUCAAAAAUACCCAGAAUCAGGAUGCACGUGAAGCAGACAACAAAAGGGUUAAAUUGGGAAAGGAGACAGAAAAGAUAAGCGAGUUAAACAAUAGCUCAUGUGAUAGUCUUAGUGUCGAGAAACCUUCGUGUAGCAGAGACAACACAGUUCACAAGGAUCAUUUCCCAGAACCUGAAAGAGUAAGUAAUGGUAAAGCUGAAUUACCUGUAGAAACCAAAAACAAUAUUGAUGUCCUCAUAAAGAAGGGCAUUGAUCCAGAUGUUUUCAAUUCACUCCCAAAAGAACUGCAGGCAGAAAUUCUGGGUGAGGAAAAGUUGGAAAAGCCAGUAUUUAGUCCCCCUAGAAAAAAAACACAGAAUUCAAAAAGUUCAAACGAAUCAACUUCUAUUCUAAAGUACUUCAAAAAGAAAUAAGAAAGAAACGUGUUGCUCUGUGACAUAGUAUUUAUGAUUCUGUCUGUAUUUUGUGUCAUGUAAUGUAAAUUAUGUAUAUUGCAAUAUAUUUUUGCUGUACAGACCUCUCCUAAUAAACAAUGUUUUUCUAAGAAA